AAACGCUUAAAAAACUUAAGUAAUUUUUGUAAUUCUUUGUUUAUUAUUAUUUAUAAAGAGCCCCCAAUAACUAAACAAAAGUCCCAGAAAAAUGACUAGUGGUCGUUUCCACAUAAAUGGCGAGUCGGCUCCUGCUAACAGUGAACAACAUUCCUCAAAUUCAGCCACAGCGACAACGUCAGCAGCAGCAGCGACAACAACAACAAGUGCAAGUUCGAAUGACAUAAAUGAAAAAAUCCGCUUGUUUGUGUUUACAUCACGGGAAACUGGCAGCUCCACAAACCUAUCCACAUUGCAAAGGGAUAGACAGUCAUCUACGGGGAUUUUAGAAGAAUUGGAAAUAAAAAUUCCAGAGCUCCUACAAAGCGGUUAUUCAUUCUACACGUGGCCCUGCUCACCCAUAUUGGCUUGGUUCUUGUGGGAACGUCGUCACUCCUUGGUUGGAAAACGCAUUUUGGAAUUGGGAGCCGGCACAGGUUUACCUGGAAUUUUGGCAGCAAAGUGUGGUGCUCAGGUCUUGCUAAGCGAUAAUUCUAUUUUACCCAAAUCGCUACAGCAUCUGCGGCGCUCUUGUACAAUUAAUAAUUUGCGUCCAGGACAAGACAUUGAAGUUAUUGGCCUUAGUUGGGGCUUACUUUUGAACAGUCUUUGGUCACUGGGUCAUUUGGAUUUAAUUAUUGCAGCUGAUUGUUUUUACGACCCCUGUGUUUUUGAAGACAUUUUGGUAACAGUUUCAUUCCUCUUGGAACGAAAUCCCUCGGCGAAAUUUAUCUUCACCUAUCAGGAAAGAAGUGCUGAUUGGUCAAUUGAGGCUUUGCUGAAAAAGUGGAAAUUGUGUGCUUUGCAAAUAAAUAGUGACGAUAUUGGUAAGGCUUCGGGUGUGGAUUUGCUGGAAAUUCUGGGAGGUCAUACAAUACAUUUAAUUGAAGUUUCCAAGGAGUUGUAA